CUCACGCAGCCGAACUGUGAUAGUGCCACCCAAGAAGGCAAAGAAGAAGAUUGAGGGAGCCAACUCCAAUGUGUUUUCAAUGUUUGAUCAGUCACAGAUUCAGGAAUUCAAGGAGGCUUUCACAAUAAUGGAUCAAAACAGGGAUGGAUUCAUUGAUAAGGAGGACCUUAGGGACACAUUCGCCGCUCUGGGCCGGCUAAAUGUAAAAAACGAAGAGCUGGAAGAAAUGAUUAAAGAGUCUUCUGGGCCGAUUAACUUCACAGUUUUUCUUACCAUGUUUGGUGAGAAGCUUAAAGGUACAGAUCCAGAGGAGUCAAUCUUAAAUGCAUUCAAAAUAUUUGAUCCUGAAGGCAAAGGUCUUUUAAGGAAAGAUUACAUUGAGGAAAUGUUGAUGACUCAGGCAGAACGAUUCUCCAAGGAAGAGAUUGAUCAGAUGUUUGCAGCUUUCCCACCUGAUGCAUCUGGUAACCUGGACUACAAGAAUCUGGUACAUAUCAUUACCCAUGGAGAAGAGAAAGACCAGGAAUAAAGAAACUUUCUU